AUGGAUAGCUGUAAUUAUUUAAUUAAGCUAAAAAUCAGCUUGUCGUUUCGUACGGGUCCAUUGGAGGGACCGCCAAAUAAAUUAGACGUUCGCCUGUUGUGUUGGAUUUUGUCCACUAGUCGUGAAAAUGAGAAUUUGAUCCGGGAGACGUGGGGGAAACGGUGCGACAAAUUAAUUUUCAUCUCCGACUCGCCGUUGGGACCAGCAAACAAUCGAGCUGAAGGUAAAAGUGAUGCUGGUGCUGGAAUCGUCCGUUUAUUUGCCAGGACGACAUUGGACGUUUUGAAACAAUUGCGUGAUCAUUAUUUGAAUGACUCGCAUUGGUUCCUCAAAGCUGACGCCGCAACUUACGUAGUUGUCGACCAAUUGAAAUUGAUGCUCUCAACCCACAACCCUGCCACACCCUGUUACAUGGCUGGUAACAAAAGAAAUAAUUCGGAGAUUAUCGGCGACGCUUACGUUUUGAGUCGAGAGUCCAUCCGCCGACUGGUGCGCCAAUUUCGGCGGUGAAACCCGGGCGGAGGACCAGCUGAUUGCGACAAUUGGAGGCAUCCCCCGACAUCCAACAAGAUCACGUCUGUCCUUAAAUCA